AAGUCACCGGGCGUUACUUAACAAGGUCCAAUGUCCACCGGCGCUGCACUGUUGCAGUUGCAAUCGAACAUACCAAACCUUUCUUAUUAUGAUUAGUCUGAUUAGAUUAGUUAACAGUUAAAAGUAACAAUAGCCAGUUAAUAAGGCGUUUUGGAUUAAAUUGUCGUCAAUUGGACGUAAAUGAUCGUUAAUAAAUAAAAUACGUUACCUCGAAAAUGUCUAUUGAUAUUGGUAUACGAUCAGUCAUCGAGUUUUUGGUUACGCAUCCGUAUUUGCUGGUGGGAGCCUUUCUUACUUACGUAUGCUUGUAUUUUGUGUCAAUUUACUUUUUUGGAAACAAAAUAGGAAAGAACCCUUUUGCAAGAGAUUAUCGUAUAUCACCUGAACCAUUCGUCCAUGAUGCUAAGACAAGAGAUGCUGUUUUAAAGCAGAGUAUGAAAUUUGUGUCUUUUUUCGGCUUUGGCUUUAGUUUUAGUUUUAAUUUUUUAAUCACUCAUUUAAAUUUAAUGAAUUUUAAUUAAAAUGAAUAUAAUAGUUUUAAGUAGUCACAGUCACAGUGCUACUUAAUUAUGAUUUUAUGAUAUAGGCUAUAUGUUAGGCUUAGGCCCAUCAUUAGGCAUUAGGGGGCACCUGCCUAGGCCCAGUAGGCUGAGUAGGGGGCCUUAGUUUUGCUUCAAAAAAAGUUUUUUUUUGUACACUAAUUUUUAUGGACACCCUACUAAAGUUCUCAUGAAUUUUUACGGACAAGUCAUUUUAGGUUAAAUUUUUACAAAAGAGCUGGACAUUUACAACUCAUUUUGCAACUUCAAGUUUAACUAAUGCUAUUUAUUUUGUUAAAAAUUAUAUAUGUUUUUUAGUGAUAGUGGUGAACAGUGAACAUCGUUGUGUUGUUUCAAAAUUGUUUGCGCACAGGGCCAUUAUUAUUGUUUCCCUAAACCAGGGCUUUGCUAACCAUGGCACGCGGGCCUAAUCACCACAUUGAAAUGUACGGCCAGGAGCUAAGAAAUUCCUUAAUUUUUAUUUAAACUUCUAGCUACAACAGCUUAUCAUUAUGUACAUGCCUUAAUACUAUACAGUAAAUAACUUUAGUAGAUGUGCCAAGCCACCUUUUAAUUACACAUUUCUAAUAAUUUGUAAGGCCAUGAGUAAGAGUAAAUUAUUGUUAUUUUAUUAUAAACCUCAAAAUACAUGAAGAAACAUGUGCCCCACUUUUCAAGGGAAAAACCAAUUUACUCCUCAAUACAGAUGCCCUGGGAAAUGUUGUUACACCACUUGGCCCACUUGAAUAUCCUUACUAUUUCCAGAGAACAAAAGAUUAUUUCUUUAUUUUAGGAUUUAAGGCUAACCUGGUUCCUGAGAAUCUUGAUGUCAUCAUAGUUGGCAGUGGUGUAGGAGGUCUGACAGCUGGUGUCUUGUUGAGCCGUGCUGGCUUGAAGGUCCUAGUGCUAGAGCAACAUGACCAGGCAGGAGGCUGUUGCCAUACAUUUGUGGAAAAGGGAUUUGAGUUUGAUACAGGUAAGUACGACUUAAUUUCAACUGACUCAUAAUAAACUCUUAAUUUAAGCAAGAAUAAAAGUUAUUUUCAGAUUUCUAAAUUAGUAAGUUUAAAUAGAAACUUGAAUAAUCCUUGGGAAAAAAAUAAUUAUUAAGGUUUGUGUGUAUGGCUGUAACACUGUGUUCAUGGUGGGCAAUAAAUAAAAUAAAAAAUCACAGUAGAUUGCACUAAUUGGGAGUCUUAUAAAAUGCACUAUAUUGUUUGAAAAGGUUUUUUUCGUAGACGAAAAGGUAUAGUACUGUCAGGGCGGGGGAAGAUGAUGGGAGGGGAUUGCUACGGGAACAGAAAAUUUAGGACGCUGAAGCUUCACCAGCAAUAAGAGGAGAUGAGUCUGUGGAGCUGGAAUCCCUCUGUGGUUCUGUGCCUCCUUGAUUUAUUUUAAAUACAAUUUCUGUUGGUUUAGUUCAACAAGAAAGUCAUUUCAGUAUAUAAAAUAACAUUUUAUUGAAAUAAAACUUAAUUCCCAAAUAUGGCUGCUGUAUUAACAAAUGUGAUGUGUGCGAAUAACUAGCAAUGCUCCCCUGAAGUUUAGUGUGGUGGGUCAAGUGCUGGAAACAAACUGUGAUGUGAAAAUCUGACUGGUGUGACAGUUGGUUUGUGACAUUUUAAGAGUAGCAUUCUACUUCCACUUACGAGCUUAUAAAAGCAAUUAAAAAUAUCACCAUGUUUUCCAGACAGUUAAAUAAUUGGUAAAUCCUGAAAUCAGUUUUUAUAAAACCAAAAACCAGUUUUAAAAAAAAUUCCGAUUUUAUCAUCCUUAACCGUGACAUGUAUUUUUUAAUUAUUUUUUUUCUCAGGUAUACACUAUAUUGGAAAUAUGCAGGAUGGUAAAGUUGACCGUGUACUUUUAGAUCAAUUGACAUGUGGCCAGCUGAGGUGGUCUGCAAUGGAUGAUGCAUUUGACAUAGUUAGUAUAUUUAAAUACCUGUAUUGGUAUUCAACUUAAAGUUGUUUUUUUUAUUUUUAAUAGCUUUUAACUGUAGAUGUAGUUAAAACAAAAUUUUCUGUCUCUUAUCUCAUUGCAUUUCUCAAUUUUUUACAUAUUUUCAUCCUUUAAAUUUUCCUGUAGUAAAAUGGUAGAUUUGUUUAAUUUACAUUCAGGAUUAGUUAAGACAUCUAAAGCUAUUAUUGCAUAGACACUGAUUUUUAAUGCCAUGCUAGAUGGGCUCCUGUCCCUUUAAUUUUUUUUUCACUCAAGGUUUCCCUAGUCCUCAAGGAUAGCGGCCCUACUGGGAAAACAAUCUUAUUACCCCCAUCUCUUCAGGCAAUUUUACCAUUUUGUCACAAGUUUAAAUUAGUUUUGUGGUUCUUACAACUAGAUUUUAACUAGUUUAUAAUCUAAAGGUGGCAUUGGGUGACCCAGCUAAAGCCAAGCUGUUCAAGAUGAAAUCUGGUGAAGAUCGCUAUGUGCAGAAUCUCAUUGAUAUGUUUCCACAAGAGAAAGAGGCUAUUAUCAAAUAUAUGGAACUAAUUAAGGUGAGACGUUUAAGAAGUGAAACAACUAAAUCUUAAUAUGCUUUUAUUUGAAUAGGUAUUCACAGUCUUUUCUCAGGACUAUUAAGAAGGGACGUGAUUUAAUAAUUUCUCUUUUCAUUUAAAAAAAAUUAAAAUAAUAAAAUCUCAAAAUGCAGAUCAUCUUGUUCAGUUUUCCCCCCAAAAAAUCAUUUUAAAGAAAAGCUUGUUUAAAAGCUGUAUCCAUUUAAUGAAUGCUGUAGGAAUACUUUGAUUUCCAUUUUGCUUUAUUUUCCUCUAGGAUGCUAGUAACUCAUUCUUUGGGAUUGUGAUGCUCAAAGUAUUACCUCGUAUUCUGGUCCGCUUCCUGGUAGUAACUGGCCUCUAUAGAAUAGUCUUCAAAUGUUACAGAAAACGCUACACUGAGAGGACACUUCAGUCUGUCCUAGACAGUCUGACAAAGAACAAGGAGCUUCAGAUAGUGCUGUCUUACAUCUGUGGGGAUUAUGGUAUGAUCAAGAACCCAAAUGCAAUCUCUUCGUUAUUAAAUACAUAUGUCUCUGUCCAUAACUUUUUACAGCAAUUAAAACAGUCAUUUUGAUUGUCUUUAAGAUUACAAUUUAAUGAACCUCGUAAAAUUUUUCAGCACUUAAGAAAUAAAAGAGCUCUUAGAAUAAAUGUAAAUUAUAUUUUGACACUACAUCUCAAUGACCCUUGAACUAAUUUGUAGCUCUUCACUUUGUUUUUACUCAGAUUUCUAAUUCUAAAUGUUAUUUGUUAUGUAUUGAGUUUUUCUUUAAAAUUCUCUAUGCAGGAGUUUUUCCAAAAGAUGCGCCUUUUAUACUACACGCCAUCCUGAUAAAACACUAUUUAAAUGGAGCAUUCUACCCAAAAGCUGGCACAUCGGAGGUUGCAUUUCACAUGAUACAGUCCAUUCAGAAAGGUGGAGGAAAAGUACUGGUUCAGGCACCAGUGACAAAUAUUUUGUGUAAUGGGAAGGGAAGAGCAGUUGGCAAGUAUAACCUUCCCUUACUAUAAGUUCUACUUUCUACUGUUGAGUUUGGUCUUCACGUUCUACUUUCUAGUGUUGAGUUUGAUCUUCACGUUCUACUUUCUAGUGUUUAGUUUGAUCUUCACGUUCUACUUUCUAGUGUUUAGUUUGAUCUUCACGUUCUACUUUCUAGUGUUUAGUUUGAUCUUCACGUUCUACUUUCUAGUGUUUAGUUUGAUCUUCACGUUCUACUUUCUAGUGUUGAGUUUGAUCUUCACGUUCUACUUUCUAGUGUUGAGUUUGAUCUUCACGUUCUACUUUCUACUGUUUAGUUUUAUCAUCAAGUUCUACUUUCUAGUGUUUAGUUUGAUCUUCAAAGGCUAAUUUUGCUUCCUAUCAUGUUUGUAUUCCAAAAAGUUGUAUUUUCAUCCACUCUUCAUGGGUCAUUAACAGUUCAACAUGUGAACAAUAACCUUACCCUCCGCCCCUUUUUAAGCAGCUUUCAUGUACUCAAUUUUUCCCCGUGUUUGGAGCCACUGAAUUCCGGUGCAUGAAAAAUUUAAUCAGGAAAACAGAAAAAUAUCUUUGUUAUAUUAAAAUAGCCAUGUUUUCUUUUUUAUCAAUUGAAAAAAAAAUCUUAAUAGAAAUAAAUUUAAAAAGUGUAACACAUUCUAUGAAUUAUUAAUUAAAUCAAAUCCUUGGAGGAGUUAUAUACACAAGUCUCCACUUCCAUUUCAAUUUUAUGUACACUUAACUUCCUAUCAGUUUAUUGAAUAAAUGAUGAAGAAGCUUCGACAAGUUCUUUUUUUGUGUACCAAUCAAAGAAGCUUGGUUUUUUUUUAAAAAUAAUAAUAAUUAUAAUCAAAAUAAGAAUUGAUUGUGAGCAAAUGAAAAUAAUGACUUCAUUGGCAAAGCAGCUCCUUUGAUGCCAAUUAUGAAAGACUAUUUGUAGCCCACAGUAAGUGAAGAGUUAACAUACUCUAUCCUUUGAAUUGUCAUAAAGACUCUAUCAGACCAGUUGUAACAUAUGCAAGUGAAACCUGGACCCUAACAAAAACAGCAGAAAACCUAUUAAACACAUGGGAGAGGCAAGUUCUCAGGAAAAAUAUAUGGACCAACAAAGGAUGAAUAUGGAUGGAGAAUACGAACCAACCAUGAAUCAUAGUCUAUAUCAGAAUCCCACGUAAGUAGCAGAAAUAAAAAGAGGCAGGUACGCUGGGCAGGACACCUAGAGAGAAUGCCAAAUGACUAGCAUCCUAGAGGAAAUAAAAAGAGGCAGGUACGCUGGGCAGGACACCUAGAGAGAAUGCCAAAUGACAGAGGAACGGACAGGGUACAUUACCAACACCCCAGAGGAAAAAGGCUCAAAGGCAGACCUAGGCUUAGGUGGAUAGAUGAUGUGGAAAAAGAUCUACAGCAGUUGAAAGACCAAGCAUGGAAAAGAGAGGCAUUAGUUAGGUCUGAGUGGAAGGAAGUGGUGAGGCAGGCCUAAGCUCUACAUGGGCUGUUGCGCCACAGGAAUGGAAAGACUCUAUUCAUUUAUUUAUAAAUUAAUUUCUGUAAUGAAGGUUUUUUUACUCACCAGUGAAAAAAAUAUUUCAAUAUUUUAUGAAAAGACAAUUUGAACAAAUAAUGACAUUGGCUUUUUGUUUUUUUAGGUGUAAGAGUUGGUAAAAGUGAAAUUGAGAUUCGAGCCAGGUACAUCAUUUCUGACGCAGGUGUAGUUAACACAUUCAAGUCGCUUCUUCCUGAAAAAGUUGCAAAAGCUUCAUGUAAGUUGGUUUUAAGGGUGAUAUGUAAGUUUGUUGUAAGGGUGACAUGUAAGUUGGUUGUAGGGGUGACAUGUAAGUUGGUUGUAGGGGUGAUAUGUAAGUUGGUUGGAGGUGUGACAUGUAAGUUGGUUGGAGGUGUGACAUGUAAGUUGGUUGUAAGGGUGACAUGUAAGUUUGUUGUAGGGGUGAGGACAUCAAAUAUCAAAUUCUCCUACACAUCAAGGUAUGAACGUCAGUAAAAUGUUAUCUAUACUUUGUAUCAAAAUUUGAAGGCACAAUUAUGUACAUGAUACAGCAGGGUUAUUUUUCGCCAUGGUAAUCUUGACAGAAUGUUUUUGGCCAUUAUUUCCCAGCUCUGAAAUAAUAACUUAUUGACUGAAUUGUAUUUAUAAGCUAUUUUUUAUUGUCCCUAAGAUCUGUAAAAGUUUUUAUUCCUGUUUAAUCAGCCAUUUAUCCCUGUUUAACCGGCCAUUUAUCCCUGUUUAACCAGGCAUCCAUCCCUGUUUAACCAGCCUUCCAUUCCUGUAUAACCAGUCAUCCAUCCUUAUUAAACCAGCAAACCAUCCCUGUGAAAUCAACCAUCCAUCCUUAUGUAAUCAACCAUCCAUCCCUGUGUAAUCAACCAUCCAUCCCUUUUGAACUAGCAGAGAGUGUCCAGCUUCUCAACCAAUACAUGCAACAUUUUUAAAAAAUCGUAACUAACAAAAGAAAAUAAAUGCACAGUGUUUAAAUUGACAUUAAGGAUACUAAAUGAAAACAGGACUUCCAGUUGUCAAGUGUUGUAAUAUGGUAGCCUUGCUAUUGCAGUGUUUGGGGUCAAGUGGUAGCCUUGCUACUGCAGUGGUUGGGAUCAAGUGGUGGCCUUGUUAUUGCAAGUUUUUAUUUCGUGAUCAAUAUUUACAAGUUUGUUGAUCACAGUUUGCUUCCCCCCCCCCCCUCCCCCAAACUGCAUUCACAAAAGCUGUAAUGUAAGAAAAGGUAGCCUUGCUACUGCAGUGGUUGGGGUCAAGUGGUGGCCUUGUUAUUGCAAGUUUUUAUUUCGUGAUCAAUAUUUACAAGUUUGUUGAUCACAGUCUGCUUCCCCCCCCCCCCUCCCCCAAACUGCAUUCACAAAAGCUGUAAUGUAAGAAAAUACAUAAAGAGAAAAAUGUGUUAUUUCUACUAUAUGAAGUUGAACUUCCUUAAAAAAUACAUUCUAAGGCAAGCAAACAGAAUCCCCCGUUCCCCCCAAAAUAAACAUAUAUUUAUUUCUUAUCAAAUUAAAGUACCAGAAAGCCAUUCCUAUGCUUCCUGCAGGUCUCGAGCCAUCAUUUAAUAAAGCAAUUUUGAAAGCCAACUGAUUUUAGCCACUGAUAUAGAUACCUAUUAAUACUUUCCUUGAAGCAGGGAGAUGUUGUUGUAUGGUCUAAUAUAUUUGUAGGAACGGUGAUCUUAGUGUAAACCUUGUGAUCCUCAGAUAUCAAUUGUUUUCUUAUUUCUGAUACAACUUAUUUUUUUAUAAUGGAAACCGAGGUGAAAUAUUGUAUCAUUAGGCAUUUAUCCCGUAUACCAUCAGACAUGUAUCCCUUGUAUCAUCAAGCAUUUAUCCCAUGUAUUAUCAGACAUUUAUCCCUUGUGCCAUCAGACAUGUAUCCCUUGUAUCAUUGGACAUUUAUUCCUUGUAUUAUCCCUUGUGUCAUCAGACAUUUAUCCCUUGUAUCAUCAAGCAUUCAUCCCUUGUAUCAUCAAGCAUUCAUCCCUUAUAUCAUCAGGCAUUUAUCCACUGAUUGAAAAGGUUGGCCCCAGUUGUUCAUUUAUUACAACUUUUAUCGGAGUUGAAGGGAACUCUAAGGAGCUCAAUCUUCCUGCUGGAAAUAUUUGGUUGUACAACACGUAUGUUACUUGAUUUAUCCUUUAUAUUUAUAGAAAUCAAAUACUGAUAUUAAAAUUUCAUAUAUUUUUUUACGACAAAUUUACUUCAUUUUUGGGGUUUUUAAAAAUUUAAUGGCUUGUUCUGCUUCUGAUUCAGGGAUGACAUCAAUAAAACGAUGACUGAAUUUCUUGACAUCAAAGCCGAGGACACUGAAGAUUUGAAGAUUCCAUUUAGUUUCAUUUCUUUUCCUUCAGCUAAAGAUCCAGAAUGGGAGGCCAAAUUUCCAGGUUAGAAUGGCAUACACAAAAAAUAUGUUCAGGGUUUACUUGUUAUAGAAAAAAGACUACUGAAACUAAAACAACAUUUCAGGACAAUGAUAGGGGAGGUAUGUUUAUGAGCGGUUCCUUAUAGAAAACAAUCCUGAAAGUGAAGUCACCUUAAAGCCAAGUGCGAAAUUGGGGCACAAGUUUUGUCCUCACAGCAUUGUGACAGCAGCGAUUGGCUGUGCUUACAGACUAUCAAAAUAAUGAAAUGUAAGAUUUCCAUAUUUUAUAACAGUGGUUUUCAAACUUUUUCAUGCAAAUGAAUAUAUUCUCAUUCCCAGCUGCCGCCAUGCCCAACCCCCCGGGUCAACCCUUUUAUAAGCUUAUUAACAUGGGAGUUUGUGGAUAAAAUGAUGACAUUCUUACCUUCUCCCUCCCCAAUCAUAGUUCGCAUUCUUAACAUAUUCAAAUAAUUUCAAAAUACAAAAUGAUAUGUAUCCAACCUUUUUACUCAAGCAAACAUUAGUUUUGAAUUGGCAUAACUUGCAAAUGCCAAUAUUUUACUUAAUGUUAGUAAACUUUGACACCAAGAAAGGGACAUUGAUAUUUUAAUAAUAUUGAACUAAUUUUCUGGAAACUGCAAAGUAAUUAAUAAAUAAUAAAUUCUCAAAUUUUAGCCAUGGGAUAUGUGACUUGUUAUAAAAUAGGGUGAGCUUCUCUAUGCUUUGUAUUUGACUCUCAACAAUGCACUAUUUUAAAAAAGGAAAUAUCACAUGAUGCAUGUGAACAAUCUGGACAUUCUUGGGCUCAUUUGUAAACUCUUGUUACUACUAGAAGCAUUAUGUGUUGUACUAGUAGCUUCGUUACUACUAGAAGCAUUAUGUGUUGUACUAGCAGCUUUGUUACUACUAGAAGCAUUAUGUGUUGUGCUAGUAGCUUCGUUACUACUAGAAGCAUUAUGUGUUGUGCUAGUAGCUAUGUUACUACUAGAAGCAUUAUGUGUUGUACUAGCAGCUUCGUUACUACUAGAAGCAUUAUGUGUUGUACUAGUAGCUUCGUUACUACUAGAAGCAUUAUGUGUUGUACUAGUAGCUAUGUUGCUACUAGAAGCAUUAUGUGUUGUACUAGUAGCUAUGUUACUACUAGAAGCAUUAUGUGUUGUACUAGUAGCUAUGUUACUACUAGAAGCAUUAUGUGUUGUACUAGUAGCUUCAUUACUACUAGAAGCAUUAUGUGUUGUACUGGCAGCUUGGUUACUACUAGAAGCAUUAUGUGUUGUACUAGUAGCUUUGUUACUACUAGAAGCAUUAUGUGUUGUACUAGCAGCUUCGUUACUACUAGAAGCAUUAUGUGUUGUACUAGUAGCUUCGUUACUACUAGAAGCAUUAUGUGUUGUACUAGCAGCUUCGUUACUACUAGAAGCAUUAUGUGUUGUACUAGCAGCUUCGUUACUACUAGAAGCAUUAUGUGUUGUACUAGCAGCUUCGUUACUACUAGAAGCAUUAUGUGUUGUACUAGUAGCUUCGUUACUACUAGAAGCAUUAUGUGUUGUACUAGCAGCUUCGUUACUACUAGAAGCAUUAUGUGUUGUACUAGCAGCUUCGUUACUACUAGAAGCAUUAUGUGUUGUACUAGUAGCUUCGUUACUACUAGAAGCAUUAUGUGUUGUACAAAUAGCUAUGUUACUACUAGAAGCAUUAUGUGUUGUACUAGUAGCUAUGUUACUACUAGAAGCAUUAUGUGUUGUACUAGUAGCUUCAUUACUACUAGAAGCAUUAUGUGUUGUACUAGCAGCUUCGUUACUACUAGAAGCAUUAUGUGUUGUACUAGCAGCUUCGUUACUACUAGAAGCAUUAUGUGUUGUACUAGCAGCUUCGUUACUACUAGAAGCAUUAUGUGUUGUACUAGUAGCUUCGUUACUACUAGAAGCAUUAUGUGUUGUACUAGUAGCUUCGUUACUACUAGAAGCAUUAUGUGUUGUACUAGUAGCUAUGUUACUACUAGAAGCAUUAUGUGUUGUACUAGUAGCUAUGUUACUACUAGAAGCAUUAUGUGUUGUACUAGUAGCUAUGUUACUACUAGAAGCAUUAUGUGUUGUACUAGUAGCUUCAUUACUACUAGAAGCAUUAUGUGUUGUACUAGCAGCCUCGUUACUACUAGAAGCAUUAUGUGUUGUACUAGCAGCUUCGUUACUACUAGAAGCAUUAUGUGUUGUACUAGUAGCUUCGUUACUACUAGAAGCAUUAUGUGUUGUUCCAGUAGCCUCGUUACUACUAGAAGCAUUAUGUGUUGUACUAGUAGCUUCGUUACUACUAGAAGCAUUAUGUGUUGUACUAGUAGCUUCGUUACUACUAGAAGCAUUAUGUGUUGUACUAGUAGCUUCGUUACUACUAGAAGCAUUAUGUGUUGUACUAGUACUACUAGAAGCAUUAUGUGUUGUACUAGCAGCUUCGUUACUACUAGAAGCAUUAUGUGUUGUACUAGUAGCUUCGUUACUACUAGAAGCAUUAUGUGUUGUACUAGUAGCUAUGUUACUACUAGAAGCAUUAUGUGUUGUACUAGUAGCUUCAUUACUACUAGAAGCAUUAUGUGUUGUACUAGUAGCUUCGUUACUACUAGAAGCAUUAUGUGUUGUACUAGUAGCUUUGUUACUACUAGAAGCAUUAUGUGUUGUACUAGUAGCUAUGUUACUACUAGAAGCAUUAUGUGUUGUACUAGUAGCUAUGUUACUACUAGAAGCAUUAUGUGUUGUACUAGUAGCUAUGUUACUACUAGAAGCAUUAUGUGUUGUACUAGCAGCUUCGUUACUACUAGAAGCAUUAUGUGUUGUACUAGUAGCUAUGUUACUACUAGAAGCAUUAUGUGUUGUACUAGUAGCUAUGUUACUACUAGAAGCAUUAUGUGUUGUACUAGUAGCUUCAUUACUACUAGAAGCAUUAUGUGUUGUACUAGCAGCUUCAUUACUACUAGAAGCAUUAUGUGUUGUACUAGUAGCUUCGUUACUACUAGAAGCAUUAUGUGUUGUACUAGUAGCUAUGUUACUACUUGAAGCAUUAUGUGUUGUACUAGUAGCUAUGUUACUACUAGAAGCAUUAUGUGUUGUACUAGUAGCUAUGUUACUACUAGAAGCUAAUACACAACAUGAUCAUCGAUACAAUGAUGAUCUUCGUAAUAGUGUUGUACUAGUAGCUAUGUUACUACUAGAAGCAUUAUGUGUUGUACUAGUAGCUAUGUUACUACUAGAAGCAUUAUGUGUUUUACUAGUAGCUAUGUUACUACUAGAAGCAUUAUGUGUUGUACUAGCAGCUUCAUUACUACUAGAAGCAUUAUGUGUUGUACUAGUAGCUAUGUUACUACUAGAAGCAUUAUGUGUUGUACUAGUAGCUAUGUUACUACUAGAAGCAUUAUGUGUUGUACUAGUAGCUAUGUUACUACUAGAAGCAUUAUGUGUUGUACUAGUAGCUAUGUUACUACUAGAAGCAUUAUGUGUUGUACUAGUAGCUAUGUUACUACUAGAAGCAUUAUGUGUUGUACUAGCAGCUUCAUUACUACUAGAAGCAUUAUGUGUUGUGCUAGUAGCUUCGUUACUACUAGAAGCAUUAUGUGUUGUGCUAGUAGCUUCAUUACUACUAGAAGCAUUAUGUGUUGUACUAGUACUACUAGAAGCAUUAUGUGUUGUACUAGUAGCUAUGUUACUACUAGAAGCAUUAUGUGUUGUACUAGCAGCUUCAUUACUACUAGAAGCAUUAUGUGUUGUGCUAGUAGCUUCGUUACUACUAGAAGCAUUAUGUGUUGUGCUAGUAGCUUCAUUACUACUAGAAGCAUUAUGUGUUGUACUAGUACUACUAGAAGCAUUAUGUGUUGUACUAGUAGCUAUGUUACUACUAGAAGCAUUAUGUGUUGUACUAGCAGCUUCAUUACUACUAGAAGCAUUAUGUGUUGUGCUAGUAGCUUCGUUACUACUAGAAGCAUUAUGUGUUGUACUAGCAGCUUCGUUACUACUAGAAGCAUUAUGUGUUGUGCUAGUAGCUUCGUUACUAUUAGAAGCAUUAUGUGUUGUGCUAGUAGCUUCGUUACUACUAGAAGCAUUAUGUGUUGUGCUAGUAGCUUCGUUACUACUAGAAGCAUUAUGUGUUGUACUAGCAGCUUCAUUACUACUAGAAGCAUUAUGUGUUAUACUAGUAGCUUCGUUACUACUAGAAGCAUUAUGUGUUGUACUAGUACUACUAGAAGCAUUAUGUGUUGUACUAGUAGCUUCGUUACUACUAGAAGCAUUAUGUGUUGUACUAGUAGCUUCAUUACUACUAGAAGCAUUAUGUGUUGUACUAGUAGCUUCGUUACUACUAGAAGCAUUAUGUGUUGUACUAGUACUACUAGAAGCAUUAUGUGUUGUACUAGUAGCUUCAUUACUACUAGAAGCAUUAUGUGUUGUACUAGUACUACUAGAAGCAUUGCAUUAUAUGUUUUACUAGUACUACUAGAAGCAUUAUGUGUUGUACUAGCAGCUUCGUUACUACUAGAAGCAUAAUGUGUUGUACUAGCAGCUUCGUUACUUCUAGAAGCAUUAUGUGUUGUACUAGUAGCUUCGUUACUAUUAGAAGCAUUAUGUGUUGUACUAGCAGCUUCGUUACUACUAGAAGCAUAAUGUGUUGCACCAGCAGCUUCGUUACUUCUAGAAGCAUUAUGUGUUGUACUAGCAGCUUCGUUACUACUAGAAGCAUUAUGUGUUGUACUAGUAGCUUCGUUACUACUAGAAGCAUUAUGUGUUGUACUAGUACUACUAGAAGCAUUAUGUGUUGUACUAGUAGCUUCAUUACUACUAGAAGCAUUAUAGUUGUACUAGUAGCUAUGUUACUACUAGAAGCAUUAUGUGUUGUACUAGUAGCUAUGUUACUACUAGAAGCAUUAUGUGUUGUACUAGUAGCUAUGUUACUACUAGAAGCAUUAUGUGUUGUACUAGCAGCUUCGUUACUACUAGAAGCAUUAUGUGUUGUACUAGCAGCUUCAUUACUACUAGAAGCAUUAUGUGUUGUGCUAGUAGCUUCGUUACUACUAGAAGCAUUAUGUGUUGUACUAGCAGCUUCGUUACUACUAGAAGCAUUAUGUGUUGUACUAGUAGCUAUGUUACUACUAGAAGCAUUAUGUGUUGUACUAGUAGCUAUGUUACUACUAGAAGCAUUAUGUGUUGUACUAGCAGCUUCGUUACUACUAGAAGCAUUAUGUGUUGUACUAGUAGCUAUGUUACUACUAGAAGCAUUAUGUGUUGUACUAGUAGCUAUGUUACUACUAGAAGCAUUAUGUGUUGUACUAGCAGCUUUGUUACUACUAGAAGCAUUAUGUGUUGUACUAGUAGCUAUGUUACUACUAGAAGCAUUAUGUGUUGUACUAGUAGCUAUGUUACUACUAGAAGCAUUAUGUGUUGUACUAGUAGCUAUGUUACUACUAGAAGCAUUAUGUGUUGUACUAGUAGCUAUGUUACUACUAGAAGCAUUAUGUGUUGUACUAGUAGCUAUGUUACUACUAGAAGCAUUAUGUGUUGUACUAGUAGCUAUGUUACUACUAGAAGCAUUAUGUGUUGUACUAGUAGCUAUGUUACUACUAGAAGCAUUAUGUGUUGUACUAGUAGCUAUGUUACUACUAGAAGCAUUAUGUGUUGUACUAGUAGCUAUGUUACUACUAGAAGCAUUAUGUGUUGUACUAGUAGCUAUGUUACUACUAGAAGCAUUAUGUGUUGUACUAGUAGCUAUGUUACUACUAGAAGCAUUAUGUGUUGUACUAGUAGCUAUGUUACUACUAGAAGCAUUAUGUGUUGUACUAGUAGCUAUGUUACUACUAGAAGCAUUAUGUGUUGUACUAGUAGCUAUGUUACUACUAGAAGCAUUAUGUGUUGUACUAGUAGCUAUGUUACUACUAGAAGCAUUAUGUGUUGUACUAGUAGCUAUGUUACUACUAGAAGCAUUAUGUGUUGUACUAGUAGCUAUGUUACUACUAGAAGCAUUAUGUGUUGUACUAGUAGCUAUGUUACUACUAGAAGCAUUAUGUGUUGUACUAGUAGCUAUGUUACUACUAGAAGCAUUAUGUGUUGUACUAGUAGCUAUGUUACUACUAGAAGCAUUAUGUGUUGUACUAGCAGCUUCGCCUGUUCACAGCCCCAAGCUUAAUAUCUAUGUAUUUUUUUAAGCGUUGCUGGUACAUAUAUUUGAAACCAUUUUCCUAACCAAAACUUUGGGGUUGGCAUAUGAACAAGGGGGCCUUAGAUCGAGUGCAUGGGGCAAUAUUUUCUUUGCUCAAAAGCUUUUUUUUUUUUUUUAAAUUUGUCAAAUAACAUUUUUGGCUUGUCAAAGUUGCAUUAUUUUGUUGUUAAAUUAGGUUCGUUUACUUACAGUUUUGUUGUUGUUGAUGUUGUUAUUAAUCUACUAUAUUAAGAAUAGUAAUUCUUCUUAUUGUUUACACUUGGUUGCACUUUUGGAAUGAGCAUUUUCAUUGGCCAGAAUCUUAUUUUAAAUUUCAUAAGAAAGAAAACUUUCAUAACAAAGCAGCUAUCAUAAUAAAGAGAGCUAUUAUAAAGAAAACAAGGAAAACUAUCAAAACCAAGAAAGCUAUCAUAAGAAAUAAUAUCCCUUGUUGUAUUUGUCCAAGUUCAACAUGUAAUGGAUUACUGCAAUGGAGUAGAUCAUGAUCUACAAAGAUGGAACAUUUGAUAUUGUCGAAUUUGCAUUAUUUUUUUUGUUAUUGUUAAAUAACUUUUUUGUUAACUAGUAAAAGCACCUCAGUAUCUUGCUCACGCUGAUGAAAUGGCGACAUUAUAAAAGCUUUGAUUGAAUUAGAAGAUGCAUCACUACGAGCAGGGUUGGAAGUUGACAACCAAAGAAACAAAAUCCAUGACUAUGCUAGGAGAAGAACAGAGACAUGAAACUAUUAAAAUUAUAAACCACCCCUUUGAAAGAUUAAAUCAAUUCAAAUAGUUGGGAUCCUUAAUAAACGAAAUAAAUGAAUUACUCAUAGAAAUAAAAGAAAGCAUAUUGUCAGUAAAAAGUACAUACUUCAGUCGUUCCAAAAUACUCAAAAGUAAAAAUAUUACAAGAAAAUUAGAGAAAAAUAUAUAUAAAAAUGUAAUCAGACCAGUAGUAAAUACGCAAUUGAAACUUGGACCCUAACAAAACUGGCAGGAAUCUAUUAAACACAUGGAAGUCAAAUAUGGAUGGAGAAUACGAACCAAGCAGGAGUUGUAUGUAGUUGUCAGCAUUUGACCCCCCCCCCCUCCUUUGUGGACAUCCUUUAACUAACUGCCCCAUGAUGUCAUAAUUGUGGGGGGGGGGGGUGUCCCAAACCCAUUUUGUAUGUGUGUAAGUGGGGGAGUGGGUGAUUUGAAUUCUGUGCACAGGUUAUGCAUGGAUGGCCCCAAACACAACAGAACCCUAACACUCUUUGAACACAUUACUGUGAAUUGAUUUUUUUUAACAUUCCAAAAGGAAAGACUUCUGUAUUAGCUAUAACACUGGCAAAGUGGGAGUGGUUUGAAGAAUGGAAGGAUGAAAAACUUCGCCACAGGGGUGAUAGGUAUGAGGGCAUCAAAGACGCCAUUGGUCGUCAAAUGUGGCAGCAGUGUGUCAAUUUGUUUCCACAGUUGGAUGGAAAGGUAAACAAAAAAAAUUAUAUUUAUUAAAUUUUAAAUAAUCAAUUUAAUUUUCAUAAAAAUUAUUUGUUUAUUUAAUAAUUUCUAUGAUUUGAAAAUUAAAUAUUAAAAUAUGGUGAAAAGUUUUAUAUUAUAUAUAAAUAAUGUCCUUAUUUCUCCAGAAAGUGUAUAUGGAAGUAGGGACACCUGUGAGCAAUCAGUACUACCUUGCAGCACCAAAAGGGGAAAUGUACGGACUUGACCAAAAAGUUGCCAGAUUCACUGCAGAUGUGGCCAGCAAACUCAGGCCAGAUACUGACAUUCCAGGUCUUUAUUUGACAGGUCAGAAGAACUCAAUUCGACAGCUCAGUUUCAAUUUCAUUUUUCAUACAAAAUAUGUGAAUCAAUACAUACCAUUAUGGGGGUUAGGGGAGUAAUUUAGGAUUUUACCCCAUGCAUUUUUGCUGACCACGGUCCCGCGCAAAUGUACAAAUUAUAGCUAUGUUAUGGUUAGCAACAAUACUAAAAAAACAUUAAUAAAUCUUUUGUGCUAAAAGCCUUCUUUCUUUAAAAUAGUAUACCUUGCAUGAUAUCUUUUUAUGUACCCCAAAAAGUACUAAUCACUUGAGAGCAUUUAUAUGUAUGUAUUAUACUAAUAAUACAAUAUUUGCUAAAUGAUGCAAUAAAUUAUUAACAUAUUUGUACCUUACAUUAAAAUAUUAAAAUAUUUUUAUUAAAAUACACUAAAGAGAAAGGAAAUACAAAUGUGAUCUAGAACAUUGUGAGACCCUUGUGACUAACAAUAAAACCAUGGGGUGCCCAUAACAAUUGGGUGCUGGGUUGCCGAGCGGUCUAAACUGUCUCAAACCAAAUAGCUGGUAAUCUUGAGUUCAAUCCCCAUCAAAGCCAACAUCUCAAGCACCCCGGGUGGAUGGGACUCGUUAGCCUUGGACGGCAACCAAUCUAGGAGAAGGCAAACUCUGAAUUUAAACCAGGAGCCAGAAUGAUCAACAAAUUGAUCGUGGGCCCCUUAAAAGAAGAGAAAGAAAGAUUACCAUAAGGAUCCCUAGUUUGUGAUCUCAGUUUCUUUAAAAAAACUACCUCACUGAUUAGGCCUUAAAUUUCCCCACAACAGGCAUCUAUUAUAAUAAUAGUAUAUUGAUACUAUAAUAUUUUUAAUAAGUUGGUAAUACAGUGAAACCUGGAAACAAUGUAAACCCUUGGAGCAGGGCCAGACUUAGACUUGCUAAGGCCCUAAGCUAUAUCAAGUUCAGAGGCACCCUUACUUUUUUAAAUCACAUCAGCUGGUCAAAUAAAAAUUUUAAUUGAAUUUAACAUCAAAGUCUAUCUACUAUACGUACAACCUAAAUGUCUAUUUUCAAAAAAUGUUUUAACAAGCAUUUCCUUAGGCGUGCACUUAAAAAUAUAGCGGCAUUUUUUUUGGUAUAACUGAUAUAUCUUUGAAAGCGCUCCAAAAUGCUUUUUUUAAUGCAUCUUUGAAAGUGCACCAUUCUGCAAAAAUAAUCUACAUCCUUGAUACAAAAUGCAGCCCAUUCUGAAACAGCCUGCUAAAUCAGACUCCAUGUUGGAUCAGCAGCACCAAGUGAUUUUCUAAUAGUGUUGUUGAUACCCUCUAAAUAUGAUUAUUGUUUUAACCAUCAGUACAGCUUUUGAGGUCAGGGAUUUUGACCAAACUUAACCAGAUUAUCCUUGGGUCAGAAAAUACUUCAAAUAUGUCAAAAUUUGGUUUCGAUCCAUUUAAAUUAUUUAAAGAAUUUAUAUGCCAAAAUCUAAUGGCAUUGCCAGACAACCAAACAUUUAUUUAAGUUCUAUCUAUAACAGUCUAUACAAGUACACAUUUUUAUUUACAUCUUAUAAAUGGUUCUUUUUUACCUUUUAGUGCUUUUGAUAAAAAUUGUAAAAUUAUACGUAACAUACAUUGGAUUUUUAAAGUAUUUUUACUCAACAUUCUUUGACCAGGCCAAGACACCAUGACAUGUGGAUUUGUUUCGGCUCUGAUGAUGGGACUGAUCUGUGCGUCCCAGGUGCUCAACAGAAACCUGUACACUGACCUUAUGAAAAUAAGGAAAGACACUAAAAAGAUUGACUCUCGAACAAAAAGUGAUGACUCGAAGAAAGAGGAAUAAUCACCGUUUGACAAUGACUGUGGGACAAUUGAAUAAUGGCCAUUUGACGUUGGCCAUGGAAGAACUGAAUAAUUGCCAUUUGACGAUGACUGUGGGACAAUUGAAUAAUGGCCAUUUGACGUUGGCCGUGGGAGAACUGAAUAAUGGCCAUUUGACGAUGCUGUGGGAGAAUUGAAUAAUGGCCAUUUGAUGAUGGCUGUGGGACAAUGGAAUAAUGGCCAUUUGACGAUUACUGGGAGAAUUGAAUAAUGGCCAUUUGACGAUGGCUGUGGGACAAUUCAAUAAUGGCUAUUUGACAAUGACUGUGGGAGAAUUUGAAACCCCCUGACACUAUAUUGAAAAAAUCUACUUUUUUUUAUACAUUGUGCUUCUAUAUACUCCUUAUUAAUAUUAUUAAUGUCUAUUUUAUGCUUUUUAAGAGGUAUGAACCCUCAGAGGACCCCAACUUUCUUUUCAAUAAUGUUUAAAAUUAAUUUUAAUUUAAGUUUAACAGGUCCUUGUGACUUUGUCAUGAGAAGUAUCCUAAUGGUAGACAUAAACUUUGUCAUGAGAAGUAUCCUAAUGGUAGACAUAAACUUUGUCAUGAGAAGUAUCCUAAUGGUAGACAUAAACUUUGUCAUGAGAAGUAUCCUAUUGGUAGACAUAAACUUUGUCAUGAGAAGUAUCCUAUUGGUAGACAUAAACUUUGUCAUGAGAAGUAUCCUAUUGGUAGACAUAAACUUUGUCAUGAGAAGUAUCCUAUUGGUAGAAAUAGUUUUCUUGAUUUGAUGAUAAGAAUUGUAAGUUAUUCGACCCCAGGAAGCUGUGCCAUGAUUUUUAUUUGUCAAUAUUUAGUUUUCUUAUUUUUUAAUUUUUUUUUGGUUACAAUAUUAUAUCAUCUUUUGCAGGCACACAAUUGAUGCAGUUAAAAUUUAAAAAAAAAUAAAGUAAUUUAAUUUUGAAAAAUUAAAUUUGAUUAUAUAAAUAUAUUUAUUUUCAAAGAAAAUAAUU